UUUCAGUAAAGUUGCAAUCCAACCAGAUCCAACUGGCAGAUUUGAUUUGUAUGAAGGAAUUAAUGUCAUGAUAUUAAGCUAAAAAUUUAACUCAAAAUCUAACUAAAUAAAACUAAACAGAAUUUGAUUGUAUUUUUACAUGUAAAUUCAUUGCUUCAAACAAAAGAACAAAACAAUUUCCCUCAGAAAUUCAUGUAAAAUACUCAUGAAAUCUUCAUAUAUAUAGACUACCACAAUCCAAUUUUUUUUCUGGUUUUGUAUGGGUAUUCGUUUUAAAAACAAAGAAUUUUAUCAUCAUCUAUCUGUUUACUAUAUUUUUUACUAUUAAAAAAUGGCAAAUAACGUAUUUGCAGUUGAGGUCUUUUUUAUUGUCUUCAGAGAAGCCUUAGAAGCUGUUAUUGUUAUUUCAGUUUUACUAGCUUUCUUAAAACAAGGUCUAGGAAAAGCAACUGAUGAUCCAAAAGUGUAUAAAAAGCUUGUUCGUCAAGUUUGGUUUGGUGCUGUCUUAGGUGUUUUCAUUUGUUUGGUUUUAGGUGGUGCUUUCAUUGGUGCCUUUUAUUCCCUUGAUAAAGAUAUUUGGAGUAAUUCUGAAGAUUUAUGGGAAGGUAUCUUUUGUCUUAUUGCAACCGUUGUUAUUUCAAUCAUGGGUAUUCCAAUGCUCAGAAUUAACAAAAUGCAAGAAAAAUGGAGACUCAAGUUGGCUCAAGCUUUAGUUGCAAAACCAAAAAGCAAAAAGACUUUUUUCAACAUCAAUUAUAACUUGAAAAAAUAUGCCAUGUUUAUUCUUCCUUUUAUCACAACUCUUCGUGAAGGUUUAGAAGCUGUUGUUUUUGUUGGUGGUGUUGGUUUAGAUUAUCCUGCUAAAGCCUUUCCACUUCCAGUUAUUAUUGGUUUGAUUGCUGGUAUUGCCGUUGGUGUUGUUUUGUAUUAUAGUGGUAAAACUUCUUCUUUACAAAUUUUCCUAGUUAUUUCAACUGCCAUUUUAUAUUUAAUUGCUGCUGGCUUAUUUUCAAGAGGUGUUUGGUUCUUAGAAGCCAAUGUUUUUAACAGAAAGACUGGUGGUGAUGCAGCCGAAUCUGGCUCAGGUCCUGGUUCAUAUGAUAUUACAAAGGUUGUUUGGCACGUUAACUGUUGCAACCCAUUAAUCGACAAUGGUUGGGAUAUCUUUAAUGCUUUAUUUGGAUGGCAAAAUACUGCUACUUACGGUUCUGUUAUUUCAUAUAACGUUUAUUGGUUGGUAUUAAUCUGCAUUCUCUUAUUAAUGUUAUUUGAAGAAAAAAAAGGUCAUUUACCUUUUUGCAAAAACUUGACUUUGGCUAAAUUAAACCCAAUGUAUUACAUCAAAGGUAAAAAACAAAAUCUUUCUGAAGCCGAAAAGGAAGAGAUAUUCCAAAAAGCUAACUUACAAGUUAAACAAAUGGAAGUGGAAAGUUUAGAAAAUUCAUCUAAACCAGUUCAACUCAAAUAA